UCUGUGCAUGGUAUCUAACAUGGGUGGCAGGCACAUCAUGAUCUUAUUACGAAAUGAUUGGUUCUUGUGAGUUGACCCCCCGUCUUUCUCGCAGUCCUUUUCGGUGUUAAUGCCACAUUCCCUCUACCUCCUCAGUUUAGAUCCUCGUUGCUCUCCUCCCUAACAUCUCCCCUAUUCCUCUUCCUAUUCUUCUGUUCCUGAACCCCUGACCUAAGACCAGGCUCUCUCUCUCUCUCUCUCUCUCUCUAAUGAAUAAUACCUAAUUUCAUUGAUCAGUUGUACAGACAGUAACAUGCCUCUGAUGAAUAAUACCUCACUUCCCAUCCUCCCUUUGUCCGUGUCUUUCUCUACUGACUUUCAUUUCCUUUCAUCUCUCUCAGACACACGCCAGGAAAACCUGCAAUGGCUACUCCUAAGGCUCCAAGAAACUCACUUCUCCAUUCUUUCAAUUCAUUCUCACUUGGGUCUUUUGUAUCUCGGAUUUAGGUCCUUUUUUAUAUGAUUCUGUGUCCUUAUUUUCUCUAUCUUCAUCUCACGGAGAGACUGAUUCUUCAGUAAUAUCACACGGUUCAUAGGAUUGUUAUUCACCUCAUGUUCAAGUUUAGCUGAAUUUGAAGCUGGUCUUGAAUAGUUUCUUGAGAGAUUUUUUACUGUGUUAGUGCUCUUAUUGCUAUCCUAAAUUUUCCUUAGGCUCAAAGAAACACACUUCUCCCAUUUGAUCCUCAGGCUCAUUCUCCAUUCGGUCCUGUGUCUUUCGUUCAGGCUUCAUUCCAUGAUUUUGUCUGCCUCCUUAUUUUCUCUCUGAAUUCCAUUCAUUCUUUAGUUUGCCUACUUUUCUCUCUCCGCACCUCAUUCAUUCUUCAGUGUUAUCAUGUACUCCAUGGAUGUCUAAUUGCAUUUGACGAAUACGAUUUGGCCUUCGUAUGAUGACCCUGUCUUUGCAAGAUUGAUAUCAUUUCAUUGACAUUUUACUUGGGUUUAUGGUUUGAUCUAGUCUGAGAAAAUGGGUUUUAGUAAGAAUUCUCGAGCCAAUAGAAGAUCCUCCUCCUCUUACUGCUCGACUAUAACAAUGACAAUGUUCGUGUGUUUCUGCCUUCUCGGUGUUUGGAUGCUCACCUCCUCAGCAGUUGCUCCAGGCCAAAGGGGAGGCUUUGCACAAUCAACAAUCAGAAAAGAAACAAGAACCCAAGUCUCGAGUUCUCGAGCAUAUGAAGAUAAUCCUGGUGAUUUACCAGAUGAUGCCAUAAGAGGAGAUGAGCAAAAGUCAGGGACAAAUAAACCAGAUGAUCAAAAUGAAGAUGAACCUUCUAUGGAGAGUCCUUCCAAAAAUGGAGGUGAGAGAUCAGAGGGUGGAGGAAAUGCAGGGUAUAAUAAUGAAGAACCUGAUAAGAAUUCUGAUCAAAUCUUGGUUGAAAGAAAUGAUGGUGGAAAUCAUGAAUCUCAUUUGGAAGAGAGAGAAGAGGCAAAGGAAUUGGAAGGUCGAGAAAGUGAGCCUGAACAUAAUUCUGAGCAACCCAUAGAGGAUGAAACCAAGAAACAAUCAACAGAGGAGAAAGAAAAGAGUAAUGAAGAUCAAGAUAGCCAACAAGAACCAGAGAAAGGAGAAAAACAGCAGUCUCAAAGAGAGGAAAGUGCAGAGUAUCAGCAGUCUCAAACAGAUGAACGCAAUGAAAAUCAGAGUGCACAAUCAGAGGGACAGGGAGAAAAUCAACUAGAGAGCCAAUCAGAGGAUAAAGAAGAUAGCCGGGAAGAUGGUCAAUCAGAUGAAAAGGAAGAGAACCAACAAGCGAUUCAAAGUGAGAAAGAAAAUGAAAAGGAAGAUACUCAACAAGAGGAUCAAAGUGAGCAAGAAGAUGCGGAGAACCAACAAUCUGCAACGGAAGAGAGCACUGAAAAGGAAGAGUUCUCUGGUGAGGAAGCAAAGGGGUGGACACAAUCUCAAACUACUGAGAAUCAACAGCAAUCUCAAGAAGAGGAAAGAGCAAAUGACUCAAGCAUGAACGAUUCAUUCCCUAAUGGAUCACAGUCUGAGAUAUUGAAUGUGCCCAAAGCGGAAAACGGGUCAUGGGCAACCCAAGCUUCACAGUCACAAAAUGAGAAGAAAAGGCAAAAUGAAUCUCAUGCUAACAAUCAAGGAUCAGCUGAGAAAGAAGGGAGCAUAUAUGAUUAUACGUGGGAGCUCUGUAAUGUAACUGCAGGCCCUGAUUAUAUCCCUUGUCUUGACAAUGAACUCGCUCUCAAGAAGCUUCAUAGCACUGGGCACUAUGAGCAUAGAGAGAGGCACUGCCCUGAAGAAAGCCCAACUUGCCUGGUUCCACUUCCUUGGGGCUAUAAAAAAUCGCUCGAGUGGCCUGGGAGCAGGGAUAAGAUAUGGUAUCAUAAUGUUCCUCACACUAAGCUUGCAAUUGUAAAGGGGCACCAAAAUUGGGUAAAAGUUACUGGAGAAUACCUUACUUUCCCAGGAGGUGGGACUCAGUUUAUACAUGGGGCUCUCCACUAUAUUGACUUCAUUCAACAGUCUGUACCUAUCAUUGGUUGGGGGAAGCACACUCGUGUAAUUCUCGAUGUGGGUUGUGGAGUUGCCAGUUUUGGUGGCUAUCUUUUUGACCGAGAUGUUGUCACCAUGUCUUUUGCACCCAAGGAUGAGCAUGAGGCCCAAGUUCAAUUUGCACUUGAACGUGGCAUCCCUGCAAUAUCAGCAGUGAUGGGUUCUCAGCGCCUCCCAUUUCCAAGCAGGGUCUUCGAUCUCAUACAUUGUGCUCGUUGCAGGGUUCCUUGGCAUGCUGAUGGUGGUAUGCUUCUUUUGGAGCUCAAUCGAGUUUUACGACCUGGUGGCUUUUUUGUGUGGUCGGCCACUCCUGUAUACCAGAAGCUGAAAGAGGAUGUUGAGAUUUGGAAGGAAAUGACAAAACUCACAAUAUCCAUGUGCUGGGAACUUUACAAAAUCAAGAAGGAUCGCUUGAAUUCUGUGGGUGCUGCAAUCUAUCGUAAACCCUUCUCAAAUGAUUGCUAUAACAACAGAAAACACAACAAUCCCCCUUUGUGUGACAAAAAGGAUGAUCCUAAUGCUGCAUGGUAUGUUCCUCUGCAAUCGUGCAUGCACAAGGUGCCAGUUGACAAUGACGAAAGGGGGUCAAGGUGGCCUGAGGAAUGGCCCCAGAGGCUAAGGGCCAUACCUUAUUGGUUAAACAGAUCUCAGAUAGGAGUCUAUGGAAAACCAGUGCCAGACGAUUUUGUAGCAGAUUAUAAGCACUGGAAACGAGUUGUAAGCAAGUCGUAUAUCAGCGGGUUGGGCAUAAGUUGGUCAAGUGUAAGAAAUGUUAUGGACAUGAGAGCUGUUUAUGGAGGGUUCGCUGCGGCUCUAAGUGAAAUGAAAGUUUGGGUCAUGAAUGUGGUGAACGUAGAUUCUCCAGAUACACUCCCCAUAAUCUAUGAGCGUGGGCUUUUUGGAAUAUAUCAUGACUGGUGCGAGUCCUUCAGUACUUACCCAAGAACCUAUGAUCUUCUCCAUGCUGAUCACCUGUUCUCUAGGCUUGACAAAAGGUGCAAUUUAGUUGGCGUUAUGACUGAGGUGGAUCGAAUACUUAGACCAGGUGGUACAAUCAUAGUUCGAGAUGAGUCCGCAACUGUGAGUGAAGUUGAGAACUUAGCGAAAUCUCUUCAUUGGGAGGUUAGUUUGACAUUUUCCAAAGAUAAAGAGGGAAUGCUGUGUGCAAAAAAAACCAUGUGGCGGCCAGAGAACGCUUCAGGGUCAUCCUAAUUAGUGUUUGUAAAAUUUUGUUUAAAAUUUUUGCCUUCAGCUUCAAAUAUGUACUUGAAAAUUUGUAAGGAUGCAAAUCAUAGCGUCUGUAAGGUUUAAAGUCUGUAACGUAGUAAUGCUAGAGAGACUGAUGAAAUAUUUCAGUAUUUAGGUGUUGGAAUUAGGAUCCGAUUGUUUGAGCUUUUAUCUUGUUUCAGUGUAUAAUUAGAAGAGAGCUAUAGUGUAUUGUGAAUCGAAGAAUAAUGGGGAAAGAAGCCUUGAUUUUGAGCUAA